CCAAUAGAUGGCGCAUUGAGGGAACAGGAUGCGGCGGACAGGGUUCAGGAGAGCUCUGGCUGACCUCGAGUCAUCAUUAUAGCUGAUAGGAACCCGGAGGUAUAAGUAAAGGCGGAGAGACUGCACGGACGUAUACUUUAUUCAUGUGCCAAGCAAGAUAUCUCCUAUAUCAAGGCUGCUUUUCAGUCUCAGAAUCCUAUAUUCGUCCCUUGACACUCUAUUUGUCGUGAUUCAUAGUAUAAUAAAUCAUGGGAAAGACACUCACGUAUCCAAAACGUCCGUCCAGCACGGUCAACAGGUACAAACACCGCGCAACAUAUGACCUGGGAGCUAUCCAUGGCAUUGUCAACUCGACGCCAGUUCUUCAUGUCUCCUUCAGUCCAGGUCCCUCCGAUCCCUUCCCCGCCAUUCUCCCCAUGAUAGGGCAGAUGGGUUCCUUCGACUACCCGUCAGCGGGUAUUGAUGAGCCUCUAGACUGCUACUUGCAUGGAUACGUCAGUUCGCGGAUCAUGAACCUGGCACGAUCCUCAGAAGGAGAAGGUCUUCCAGUCUGUAUAGCAGCAACCAAGGUCGACGGCCUGAUUCUAUCCCUGACGCCCAACUCACAUAGCUACAACUACCGGUCCGCCGUUCUGCACGGAUAUGCAAAGCUCGUGACGAAUGAGCAAGAGAAGCUGUGGGCUAUGAAACUCAUUACUAACUCGGUCGUAUUUGAUCGGUGGGAUAACACCCGUGUCCCACCCGACAAGGCCGAGAUGUCCUCGACCGUUAUUCUCAAGGUCAAAGUAGUUGAUGGAAGUGGUAAGAUCCGAGAUGGGGGCGUAUCUGAUGAGCGGAAAGACAAAGACAAGGAUGAGAUUACUGGGCGUGUUUGGACCGGUGUUGUCCCCGUCUGGGAGACAUAUGGAUAUCCACUUCCUAGUCCUGAAAAUCGCAUCAAGGAGGUACCUGAACAUAUCACCUCCUAUGUGGCACGCAUGAAUGAACAGAAUCGAGCCUAUGCGGUUGAUGCGGUCAAUGUCACCCUUCCCAAGGAAGAACAGCAUUGAUUGUCAGAUACGAUUCUUUAUUCAUUUUCAAUCAUUAUUUUACUCUUUUUGUGGGGAUUUCUACAACCAUGGCUCUUAUGGUCCUUCGAUGGAGACUUUUCGAUCUGAAUACUACGUUAUGAUGCCUUUAUAGUCCACCUUGCAGCAGUACUUGCGCCAGCAAUAUGUUGGCUUCUCACUGACAACUUUGACUCCUACCUGGGAUCAUUCUUGCACAGAGGAUGAUUACAGCAGAUACUCGAUGAGCAACCCUGUAUCGAAUCGACAAGAUUACAGAAUGUACUGACUGGGCCGUCAUCCACUGGUGGUCCUGAGCACGGAGCGACAUGGCUCCCAGUGUG